GCUGUGAGCCUGGCCUGGCCGGAGGCAAGGGGGCGCGGGCGGGGCGGCGGCGGCUGCUGGCCAGGCUGUUCAGUAUUAACCCGGGAUUAAGACCAGAGUAUUUAAACAACUGGAACCACAGUAUUAAGUAAAUCCAAACAUCCUACUGCACUACAGUAGUAAGACACCACUUUGCCUUGCUGAAGGAAUCUGGGAACUUUGGAUCUUAGCCAAAUAUUCAAAAUGGUAAUGCAAAGGUAUCUCCUAACAUAUGUGGGAGUGGUGCUCACUUUAUACCUUCAUCACUUCAUCAGAGCCAUUGAAGUCCCUCGGGAUCUAUCUCAGCCCCCCACUAUUACAAAACAGUCUGUGAAGAAUUAUAUUGUAGAUCCAAGAGAUAACAUAAUAAUUGAAUGUGAAGCCAAAGGCAACCCCUUUCCCAUAUUUACAUGGACACGAAAUGGGAAGUUCUUCAAUGUUGCAAAGGACCCAAGAGUAAGCAUGAGACGCAAAUCGGGUACUCUUAGCAUUGACUUCCGCAGUGGUGGUAGGCCAGAGGACUAUGAGGGGGAAUAUCAGUGUUUUGCUCGGAAUGACUUUGGGACAGCCAUUUCCAAUAAAAUCGUCCUGCAGGUUUCAAAGUCACCUUUGUGGCCAAAGGAAAACUUGGACAUUCAAGAGGUUCAUGAAGGUGCUCCGCUUAUCUUGGCAUGCAAUCCUCCUCCUGGACUGCCACCUCCUGCUAUUUUCUGGAUGAGUAGCUCCAUGGAGUCAAUCCACCAAGACAAGCGUGUCUCCCAGGGACAGAAUGGUGACUUGUAUUUCUCCAAUGUCAUGCAGGAGGAUGCCCUGACUGACUACAGCUGUAAUGCUCGCUUUGCCUUCACCCAUACCAUUCAGCAGAAAAAUCCUUACACUCUCAAGGUCCUGACCAAGCAUCCCCAUAAUGAAACGUCCUUUCGAAAUCACACUGACAUAUACAGUGCCCGAGGUGUUACUGAAAGGCACCCCAGCUUCAUGUAUCCUACUGGGACCUCAAGCAGUCAGAUGGUUCUGAGAGGGGAGGAUCUCUUGCUGGAAUGUAUUGCCUCAGGAGUUCCGACACCAGACAUCAAUUGGCACAAGAGAGGAGGGGAGCUCCCAGUAGGCAGGAUCAGUUAUGAGAACUUCAGAAAAGCACUUCGUAUUGCUAACGUCUCUGAGGAAGAUUCUGGUGAAUACUUCUGCUUAGCAUCCAACAAAGUGGGCAGUAGCCGCCACACAGUCUCAGUGAGAGUGAAGGCUGCUCCUUACUGGUUGGAUGAACCAGAGAAUCUUGUUCUGGCUCCCGGUGAGGGUGGGAGGCUGAUUUGCCGAGCCAAUGGUAACCCCAAGCCUUCAAUCCAGUGGCUGGUGAACGGAGAACCUAUAGAAAGUUCUCUUCCUAAUCCAAGCCGUGAAGUAAAUGGAGACACUGUUAUGUUCCGGGAUGCCCAGAUUGGCAGCAGCGCUGUGUACCAAUGCAAUGCAUCUAAUGACCAUGGGUACCUGUUAGCCAAUGCCUUUGUCAGUGUAUUAGAUGUUUCUCCUCGGAUCCUUGCUUCUCGUAACCAGCUGAUGAAAGUUAUUCAGAACAACAGGACUCUUUUGGAUUGCCCAUUCUUUGGGUCCCCAAUCCCCACAACACGAUGGUUCAAGAACGGCCAGGGAAACACUCUGGAUGGUGGCAACUAUAGGAUGUAUGAGAAUGGGACUUUGGAAAUUAUCAGGGCUCGAAAAGAAGACCAGGGAACAUACACUUGCGUGGCCACUAAUAUUCUGGGCAAAGCAGAGAUCCAGGUUCGCCUGGAAGUCAAAGACCCAACUAGGAUCACCACUGGACCAACUGAUACAGUGCCAAAGAAGGGUUCUACAAUUCAUUUAUCAUGCAGAGUAAAAUAUGAUCCCACACUGAAACUUACAGUCACCUGGCUCAAGGAUGACAGCACCCUCUACAUAGGAAACAGGAUGAAGAAGGAUGAAGAUGGUUUGACAAUAUAUGGAGUGUCUGAAAAAGAUCAAGGGUAUUACACUUGUGUAGCCAGCACUGAGCUAGAUAGAGACACUGCCAGAGCCCAUCUCACUGUUCUAGCUGUCUCAGCUUCUCCCGUUAACCGCAUAACAACUUUUCCCAAAGCACGGCCAGAGCGUCCCCGUGACCUUGAGCUAACAGACCUUGCUGAAAGGAGUGUACGUUUGACAUGGAUACCUGGUGAUGACAACAACAGCCCCAUCACAGAUUACAUUGUGGAAUUUGAAGAGGAUAAAUUCCAGCCAGGAGUUUGGCACAACCAUUCCCGCUAUCCAGGAAGUGUCAACUCUGCUGUCCUGCGCCUUGCACCCUAUGUCAACUACCAGUUUCGAGUAAUAGCGGUGAAUGAAGUAGGAAGCAGUUAUCCCAGCUUGCCUUCUGAGCGAUACCAAACAAACGGAGCACGUCCAGAAAUUAACCCCACAGGUGUUCAAGGGUCAGGAACGUCAAAAAAUAACAUGGUCAUAUCAUGGAUGCCACUAAAUGCAACUCAAGCUUAUGGCCCCAAACUCAAAUACGUUGUGAAAUGGAGGCGAAGAGACACUAGAGAGAGCUGGAGCAACGUGACUGUCAACGGUGAUGUCAGCAAGUACACUGUUACGCAGACACCUACCUACGUGACCUACGAGAUCAAAGUGCAGGCAGAAAAUGAGUUUGGGAGAGCUCCAGAACCUGAUGUUGUCAUUGGCUACUCAGGAGAAGAUUAUCCCAAGGCUGCUCCCACUGAUAUUAGACUCAGAGUUUUAAACAGUACGGCAAUCAGCCUGCAGUGGACUAAAGUGUACCCGGAUACCAUCCAGGGACAGCUUAAGGAAUACAGAGCCUAUUACUGGAGAGAGAGUAGUUUGCUGAAGAAUCUGUGGGUCUCCAAGAAAAGGCAGUCUGAGAGUUUUAUUGGAGACCGAACACGGGGCAUAGUGUCCCGGCUGUUUCCUUACAGCAACUACAAACUGGAGAUGGUUGUAGUCAACGGGAGAGGAGAUGGGCCUCGGAGUGAAAUUAAGGAAUUCACAACACCUGAAGGAGUGCCCAGUGCCCCAAGGUAUUUCAAAAUCCGCCAGCCAAACCUGGAAACCAUCACUUUGGAAUGGGAGCACCCUGAACAUCCUAAUGGCAUUCUUAUCGGAUACACCCUUAGAUACCAAGCCUUUAAUGGAUCCAAAACUGGCAGAACAAUUCUAGAGAACUUCUCUCCUAAUCAGACAAAGUUUUUACUCCAGCGGACGGAUCCUAUAUCACGCUAUAGAUUCGACCUGCGUAGCAGGACACAGAUUGGGGAAGGGGAGCCUGCCAAAGGGGAAUCACCAUCUCCACUGAAUGAAGCAUAUUCUAAGAACCAAGGGGACAUUGCAACUCAAGGUUGGUUUAUUGGACUGAUGUGUGCCAUCGCUCUUCUGGUCCUCAUUUUGCUGAUAGUUUGCUUCAUUAAGAGAAGCCGAGGAGGGAAAUAUCCAGUGCGAGAAAACAAAGAUGUGCCCCUGGACCCUGAUGACCAGAAAGUAGAUAACGGAUCAUUUGAUUACAGUGAUGAAGACAACAAGCCAUUACAGGGCAGUCAGACCUCAUUAGACGGCACGAUAAAGCAACAAGAAAGUGACGACAGCUUGGUGGACUAUGGUGAAGGCGGUGAAGGGCAGUUCAAUGAGGAUGGCUCCUUCAUUGGCCAGUACACAGUCAAGAAGGACAAAGAGGAGACAGAAGGCAAUGAAAGCUCGGAAGCCACAUCACCAGUUAAUGCUAUCUACUCCCUGGCAUAACGCAACACCACUGAAACAGCCACAACAAAAAAAGAUAUGUAGUUGAUGUGGGUUGGCAAAGUCACCAAUGGUAACGGAAAGUAACCAGAGCAGGACAACAAAGACCAAACACAAAACCAGACCAGGUGGUCACCAGCGCCAUCAUCUCUUUAGGA